AUGUCGGUCACAAACGGUAGGCGCACACCCGCCCUCCUAUGGGCCGCUCUUUGGGUCGCAUUUAGUCUCCUCGCCGUGGUGUCUGCACAGAACUCCUCUUCCCCCUCUUCCCAGGCAUCUUCGUCUGCGCCAUCCUCGUCGACGCCAUCCCUUUCGUUGACCACCAGCUCCGUUACUAUCACUACCACCCUUCAAUCUGGCUCACUCAGCAUCCCGUUGACCACUGUAAUCCCCACCGUUUACAAUGUCACAGUCACCCCGAACGCGACCUCAUCCACUCCCACCAACACGACUAGUAGUUCCUCAAGUACCCCCUCAGCGACACCCAUCGUUCUCGACACCAAGAUCGAUCCCGGCUUUGGCGUCCUUGGCGCACUCCUCAUAUUGACUGGCCUUCCAAGCGCCUUCCUCGGACACAAGAAUCGCUGGUCAUCCUACUUCAUCAUCGGCUUCUACACCUUCGCGCUCGUAUGUCUUGUGCUCAUCCUCCGUUUCGGUGUCAUGGAGGAAAUCAACCCUCCAUCCGAAACUCUCCGAGGUCUAUUCGUCCUUUCCUGCGGGAUCGCCGGGAUUGCUGGAGGGGGUUUUGCUAUAUUCUUCUGGAAGGUCACCAAUUACUUCGUCGGCGCAUGGGGUGGCUUCGCACUUGCCUUGUGGAUUCAAUGUUUCAGAAACGGUGGUUUGAUCUGGACCAUCGGCUACAGGUGGAUUAUGUAUAUUGCUCUCAGCGCGAUUGGUUUCAUUCUCUGCACGAUCCCUAAAAUCCACUAUCAUGUCUUACUGGUUUCCACUGCGUUUGUUGGCGCAUCGGCCUUCAUGCUAGGAGUCGACUGCUAUACCACUGCAGGACUUAAGGAGUUCUAUUUGUGGAACCUGGGCUUUCGAUCCAUAUUCACGAAAUUCACGAGUAACGGCAUCAAGUUCCCCGUAUCGCAGACGAUGGAGAUUGAGCUUGGCCUUAUGGGCGCGGUCUCUCUGAUGGGGAUGGCCGUUCAGUUCCAGGUCUUCAAAGUAUUACGGCGGAAGCUCAAAGAAAUUCAGGUGGAACAGCGACGGCGGAACGAAGAGGCAGAGGAUCGGGCCGCUCAGACGUUUGUCGACGUGGAGCGCGAGAAGGAAGCAUGGGAGCGGGAGCAUCCUACACUCGGCAAACACGGUCGCAUGGACAGCGGGUUAUCCGGUUCUCCGCUGAUAAAUGAAAAGGACUCAGCGACUCACACCCCCGACGAACGUCGGUCUUCCGGAUUCACAUUGGUCGGUAGCCCGCGGCAGCGCUAUCAGUCUGGAGUUUCAGAAUUCCUCGCUGCUCCUACUCCUAGUGAGGAACUGAACCGCUCGGCUAAUAAAGCCCUACAAAGCCCAGGAGCUUUACCGGUGCUGGAUCUUGGUAACGAUAUUGAGAGCGAUGUUCCCCAGGACUACAUAUCCAUCUUCGACGAACCGAAGGGCUCCAAAAAUGUGAAGGACACGAGGGAGAGCACCGCGGCUCAGCUGGAUGAACUGAAGCGCAAGGAAGAACUGUUGGCUGAGAUCCAAACAAUACGCAAAUCCAUUGAUGUCUUGAAGGCCGACACACCUGCGCCAUCUAGCUCUUCCGAUUCUCGUCAGCUUUCAUUGACGUCCAAGCAUACGCUUAGCCUCGACUACCUUGGUGCACCACCUCCGUCGCACCUCCGACCUCCUCGACAAGCUGAUCCCCGCGGCCGGGUGCAAUCCAUGGAAUUAUCGUCGUUGUUUCAUUCGCUAGAUCAUAGCUCCCCCGUCGACAGGCCCACUAGCGUUCCGUUGCAGGAUGAGCAUUGGAAUUCCUACAUCCGUGACCGGAAGCUGCUGCAACCACCGUCCGGCAUCACGGCUCCCAUCGCUACCACUCCAAUCUGCCCAAUUCCAAGAAUACCCGUCUCUCCGGCUGUGGCGGAAGCCUUGAUAGAACGUCAGCGACUCGAGAGCAUUGUUUCCCAUAACCCUUUGGAUCGCCCGACGCCUGAGGGAUUGCUUGGUAUACCGAGAGAGCAGUCAUCGUCGCGCAAGGACGACUCCUUGGAAGACGUUCCCUUAGUCCUGAGAGCGCAUACUCAGCACAAGAAGGCAAGCUCCCAGGGCCACAUUCCCGUCACUAUCCUUCCUCCGCAGAAGCCUGUCGCAGCCGCAAGACCAGACAGUCCUGAGAGGAUUCGUACACGAACGUUUGAGGAGCUGGCCGAGCGCCAUCGCGAGAAGAUGAGAGAGCUGCAGGAACCCCUUACACGAGCUGAGAAGGAACAGGCGGAUAUCCGGGAUGCUAAGGGCCGAUGGGAGAAGGCGAUGGCGAUGGAGAAGCAGCAGGUGGCCAAGCGACGUGCGGAGAAGGCUGCUGCACUCAACAAGGAAGUAGGGAAGCGCACCAAGGCCGCAGAGCUCGAAGUCUCCGGCCGCCAGUCGGUGACAUUGGCCGAUUCGAACAGAGUGCCUAGUCAUUCUCGCUCUCUCAGCGUAGACGUCCUCGCCAGCGUACCUGCACCUGCGUCUUCCAAGCGAAUGUCGAUGAUGAAAGUCGAAGAUUGGCAGAAACAUCAGCAAGAUCUAGAGAUGGGCCUGCGUUCCGUCGACGAUAAGGCGUCGAAGCACAAGUCUGGGGUGCCGUUCCCUGAUUUCCAAGAACGACCUACCGAUGCCAUGGAUCACCGCUGCAUUUCGGUAGCCCGGGAUCCCCCCAACUGA